ACUCCAGUAUUCUUGCCUGGAGAAUUCCAUGGACACAGGAGCCUAGUGGGCUCCUCUAACACACACACAGAGACUCUAGAGUCAGUCCAGUGGUUAUUUCAUGUUUCUCCCCCCUUUCUUCAAUCAUCUAGCAGAUGCAUCAGCAACAUGAAAGCAGGAAAUCAAACACGUGUUUUAGAAUUUUUACUCCUGGGAUUUUUCCAAGACUCAGAGCACCAGCACAUCUUAUUUGAGCUGUUUCUAUCUAUGUUUGUGGUCACUGUCCUUGGGAACCUGCUCAUCAUCCUGGCCAUCAGCUCAGACUCCCACCUCCACACCCCCAUGUACUUCUUCAUCUCCAACCUGGCCUUUGCCGAUGUCUGUUUCACUUCCACCACAGUUCCAAAGAUGCUGGUGAACAUCCAGACACAGAGCAAAUCCAUCAGCUAUGCAGGCUGCAUCACCCAGAUGUGUCUUUUCAUGGUUUUUGGAGGUAUGGACACUUUUCUCCUGACUGUGAUGGCCUAUGACCGCUUUGUGGCCAUCUGCCACCCCCUGCACUACACAGUCAUCAUGAACCCUUGCCUCUGUGGUCUGCUGGUUCUUGUGUCUUGGUUCAUCAGCUUGUCAUACUCCCUGAUCCAGAGUCUGCUGAUGUUACGGCUGUCCUUCUGUACCAACUGGGUCAUUCCACACUUUUAUUGUGAACUUGCUCAGGUCCUCACUCUUGCCUGCUCAGACACACUCAUCAAUUACAUCCUGCUAUAUGUGGUGAUUGGCUUUCUUGGCAUUGUUCCCUUCUCAGGGAUCCUUUUCUCUUACACCCGCAUUGUUUCCUCCAUUCUGAGAAUCCCAUCAGCUCAUGGGAAAUAUAAGGCAUUUUCUACCUGUACAUCUCACCUGUCCGUGGUUUCUUUGUUCUAUGGGACAGGCCUUGGUGUGUAUGUCAGUUCUGAUUCAUUUUCCUGGAGAGGCAUGAUUGCCUCGGUGAUGUACACUGUGGUCACCCCCAUGCUGAACCCUUUCAUCUACAGCCUGAGGAACAGGGACAUCAAGAGGGCUCUACAAAAAGUCCUUGGAAGGACACUCUGUGUUCAGUGAUGGGAACACUGAUCCAAGGGUUUUGAGCUGACAGUGAUAGCAGUAGUUGGCUAAAGAAAUCCUGCCUCUUUCUUGUAUGUGUGAUUUGAAUAAACAUGUAUUUUAUUUAAGCAAAGCAUAUACAUUUUAAUGCAAAUAUCUUGCAUUCAGCUCAUUAAACAAUUUCAGAAUUGUCUUAGAAACACAUUUCAUGAACUUAGACUAUCAACUAUUAUUUAAUAAUUUUACAUAUGUAGAGAGAGUGUUUUUUAAUGACCACUGAUUGAAUUUUAGAAUGUAGACCUAUGCUUAAUUACUCAACAGGUUGCAUUUACUCAGUAUACUAUAUUGGCAUUCAAGUGUUUGAAAUCCUGCCUCUUUUAAAAAUUUUUUAUUGAAGUAUAGUUGAUUUACAAUGUUGUGUUAAUUUCAGGUGCACAGCAAAGUGAAUCAGUUAUACAUGUACCCAGAUCUAUUCUU